UCGGUCAGCUGAAAUACACCACCCGCCGGCACUCACGCACGCGACCACGAACGGGCCCCCCUCUGCGCCGACGACAAGGACAACGGUGGCAGUGGCGGUGGCAGCAGCAGCUCCCUGGACCGCCGGCGGUGCCCCAUCGUUGCUGAUCGUCGGUGUCCGUUUCCGCGUGCGUCCACCGUCCGUGCCGGCGCGUUCUCGCGGGAAUCUCGUCGCUGGCAAGACGGACGACCGAGACGAACAUCUCUCCAAGCCCUGACGCCGUCGCCACCGUCGUCGCCACCGCCACGUCUCUCUGAGUCGGGAAUUUUGUGGACGCAACCAUGACGGAAGUUGCACACAAGGCAGAGCGGAUCCUGGCGUCGACGGGGAAGCCAGUGCAGAGGACGUACGUCCCGCGGCUGUCGACGGGCAGCGACGGUGGCGGCGGCGAGGGCGACGUGGUGAGCCGCUUCGAGCAGAACCGGCAGGUGAGGGAGGAGCGCUCGCGGCGCCGCUGCAACGACGAGCGGCAGAAGCGCAACGAGCAGUUCCGCCGUGAGAAGGAGCUCAACCGGCGCAAGCAGGAGCUGAAGCAGCUGCUCGCGUCCGAUGACGAGGAGGAGGAGGCCAAGCCGGCGCAGGUGAAGAAGACGUUCGUCCCCAAGCUGUCUGGCACGGUGAAGGGGAAGUUCGCCGAGAUGGAGAAGGCGCGCGCCGAGGACGAGCGCAAGCGCGCGGAGGAGGAGCGGCGGCGCCGCCACGAGCAGGACAUCAUGGAGAAGAAGAAGAUGCAGAAAGAGGUCGCCAAGAAGCUCGCCGAGGAGCAGGGCGGCGUUGGUGCCGAUGCCGACUCUGCGGCACCGGCGGCGGCUGCGGCGGAAGUGAACAAGACGCCGGGCAAGCUGAGCGUCGACUUCGAGAGCCUGAAGCGCGCCGAGGAGGAGGAGGCACUGCGCAGGAAGGAGCAGGAGAAGAAGUUGCGCUACGAGGAGAACCGCCGCUCGUUCCGCGAGUCCAAGCGCCGCUCGUACCUCGCCAUGGACGAGGAGGAGGAGGAGGCGACCGCGAGGGCGCAAGCGGAGAAGCCGGCGCUGGCGGUGCCGGGCAAGCUGCAGCUGAGCUUCGAGGAGCUGGAGCGCCAGCGCCGCGAGGAAGAGCGGCGGCGCACGGAGGAGGAGGCGCGGCGGCGCCUCGACGAGGAGCGGCGAGCGUACCUGGAGGCCAGGAAGCACGAGCAGGGAGAAGGAGGCGACAGCUUCCUCGACGACGACGGCGACGAGGUGGAGAGCGUCUCGUCGGAGGCCUCGUCGGAGCUGCGGCCGGGCAAGCUGCGGCUGAGCUUCGAGGAGGUGGAACGACAUCGCCAGCAGGAGGAGCGGCGGAAGCUGGAGGAGGCUCGCGAGCGACUGGAAGAGGAGAAGCGCUCCCUGCUGGAGGCACGCCGGAGCAUGGCGCUGCAGUGCGAGGGGGAGGAUCGCGAGGGCAGCGCGUCGCCCGCGGGGAGCGCCAGCGACGAGGCGCUGCCCGGCAAGCUGAAGCUGAGCUUCGAGGAGCUCGAGCGGCGGCGCCAGGAGGAGGAGACGCGCAAGGCCGAGGAGGAGGCGCGCCGCCGUCUGGACGAGGAGAAGAGGAGCUUCGUCGAGGCCCGGCGCAGCAUGGCGCCGGACGAUGAAGACGCCCAGGAGCUGCGGCGCGGCGCGAGCGGCUCGAGCGACUCGCUGGGGCCGGGGCGGCUGGAGAUCAACUUCGAGGAGCUGCUGCGGCUCAAGCACGAGGAGGAGGCGAGGCGGCACGACGAGGACCGCCGCGUCAAGCUGGAGGAGGAGAAGAGGGCCAUGGAAGAGGAGAAGCAGCACAUGGAGCCGGACGAGGUGAAUGAGAGCUCGGAGACGGUGAGCAAGGAGUACGAGGAGAUCAAGACCCUCAAGAGGACGGGCACCAUCAAGGCCAAGAGCCUCAAGUCCAAGUUCGAGCAGAUGGAGCAGCUCUCGGGCGAGGAGAUCCGGCGCAAGAUCGCCGAGGAGCGCGCGCGCCGGCAGGCCCUGGAGCAGGAGCGGCAUGACCUGGAGGCACAGGACUUCACGCUGGAGGAGGAGAUGUCUUACCCGGUGCGGACGGUGGAGGCGCCAUGCGCUCGCCGCGCCGACAUGAAGGCUCGCUUCGCCGAGAUGGCGCUCGCGCGGGAGGAGGAGGCUCGCCGCAGGGUGGACGAGCAGAAGAUGCAGCGCAUGCGCUUCGAGCAGCAGGAGAUCGACGCGGCGUCACUGUCGCCGAAAGAAGGCGAGGAGGAGGACGGGACCCCGAACGGACUGGGCCUCAACGGGCCGGUGGUGGACGACGACGACGAGCUGACUCGCUCCGGGGCCCCCUGGUUCAAGCGACCCCUCAAGAACACACAGGUGGUCGACGGCGAGCCGGUGCGGUUCCUGGUGCGGAUCGUGGGCUCGCCGCGCCCCGAGGUGACGUGGUGGUUCGAGGGCGAGUCGCUGGAGGACGGUGAGGAGUACCAGUUCGUGGUGCGCGGGGAGGACACCUACUGCCUCUACCUGCCCGAGACCUUCCCGGACGACGAGGGGGAGUACAUGUGCAAGGCCGUAAGCCCCAAGGGCUCCGCCGCCAGCACCUGCAUCCUCACGAUCGAGAGUAAGGCCGGGGCGCUGGCGGCUGCGGCGGUGGUGGAAGGGGACGGCAGCGAGGGUGGUGGUGGUGGUUGUUACGUCGCUGACGACGACGACGAUGAUGAUGGUGGUGAUGGUGGCGGCGGCGGUGGUGGUGGUGGAGACCGGGUAGAUGUUGAUGUCGGCGCAGACAAAUGGGCGGACGGGGAUGGAGGCGUGUCGGAGGCUGGGGAGGGAAAUGGCGGCGAGGGCGGCUAUGGGGACGGAGAGGCGGGUGGCGCGGGGUGGCACGCCAAGCGUUGCACGGAGCACUUGUAGAGGUUUUUGUUUUACGUUCGCUUCUGCGGGAGGAGGACGCGUCGUGGUGAGCGGAGAGCGGGGUAGGGGAGGGGAAGGGAGGGGGGCGAGUUGGGAUUUUAGAUUUAUACCCGCGCUUGCAUGCGUACGCACGCACGCACACGCACGCACGCAGGUACUAUGCAUACACGUGCAUACGACAAAGACCAGAUAAAGAUCCCCCGCAUAGCCUUAUAAAACUUUUGGGGCGAGUGGUUGUUAGUGUAUCACCUGUGAAGGCCGGCACGGUACACGGAAGUGGUGGGUCGCCAGCACUACGCCUGGCCGCCUUUGUCUCCCCAGUGGGGAUUGUUUACACGCCGCACCAGGUACUCAUUUGAGGUUGAGUCCACCUAGGGGAGGCCCAUGAACUGUUCAGAUAAUCGUCACUGGUGUUGGUAGCCAUGAGUGGGAAUUGAACUCGGGUCACCGGGUUCGUAGCACAGGGCACUAGCCGCUGCACUACUGCUCCGCACACACACGUGCACACACACACACGUGCACACACACACACGUGCACACACACACGUGCACACACACACGUGCACACACACGUGCACACACACACACACGUGCACACACACACACGUGCACACACACGUGCACACACACGUGCACACGCGCACACACACACGUGCACACGCACACACACGUGCACACACACACACACGUGCACAUGCGCACACGUGCACACACACACGUGCACACGUGCACACACACACACACACGUGCACACACACACACGUGCACACACACACACGUGCGCACACACACACACACAUGCACGCACACACACACAUGCACGCACACACACACAUGCACACACACACACGUGCACACACGUGCACACAUGCGCACACACACACGUGCACACACAAAGGCAAAGAUGAUACCCCCUUAUCGCAUUCACAGACUUUUGGGGCAAGUGCUGUUCGCGAGCACCUCUGAUUAGCACGGUUGGUUACGUACGGUGUAAAAGAAGUUCAACAUACAUACAUACAAGGCUGGCACGGCACAGGAUGGGGUGGGUGGCCACCACCAUGCCCGGCAUACAUACACAGAGCCACACACACGAGCACCCAUAUAAGGAUUCGUACAGGAUAGGAGGGCCUAAAAAUCGCACCUUUUCCGAUAAUAAAAAGAAUAUAAAAUGUAUUGUCUUUGCAAAACCGCCUUGUGGCAGCAAUCGGCACCGGAGCUGCUUCCGCGCUUGCGUUUAUAUAAAAAAAAAUAAGAUUAGGCGCUCGCUGAAUUUGCAUUCGUCUUUGUUGUGUUUCUUUAUAUUUUAUAUAUAUACGGCAGGAUGUUAAACGAGUGAUACGAAUGCGGUUAAAAAGGUGGGCCAUCUCUAUUCGUGGACUCGCGUGACGGUGCCGUGAUCCCACACUCCGGUCCCUACGGAUCAACGCGGUCCCGCCGAUCCUGCGUUUUGCCGGCUGUGCUCCGUUCAAAUAUAAAUUGUAGCUUUGCACACCCUGAUGAACGUGUCUUAUUAUUAUUACUGCUACUACUACGACCACACUUUGUUUACCCGCUGAGUCUCACGGCUCGUUUCUCGAUGGGUCUUGCCUACCCACAAGCUUUCGCGGUAAGGGGCGUGGGGGGGGGCGGGGUGAUGAUUUGCUGUGUGUUAGUCCCAGGCGAUAAAAAUCAAUCUGCGAGUUAACGUUAAAAAUUUCGCGACGUUUUUUUGGGUAUCCCUGAUCGCCGGUGGCACGCUCAGCCCCCCGGUGCCUUACUCUUCGCCAACGACGCUCAGGCGAAACGGAGGUCGCUCUCCGUAUCAUCGCUGCGAUUAAUGCUCGCCGCAGGAUUUACCAGGGUGGCCACUCGAUUCGAACCUCGACGCCUCUGCAACGGGCGGCUACCGCUGGACCAUCGCGGCAGCGACUGAUCGAUUUUCCAAAAUCUCCAUGCGGGCACAAAGACAAAGAUCUCCCGUAUAGCCUUAAACAGACCGUUGGGGCAAGUGGCAUUAGCGCGCACCUAUUUAAAGCCGGCACGGCACACGAAGAUGGUGGGUGGCCAACACCGUGCCGGCCACCUGUCUCCCCAGCGGCGAUGUUGUCUACACACCACACACCAGGUGCUCCAAUUAGGGGAGGCACGGGGACGGUUCGGAUAAUCGUCGCCGAUGUUGGCCGCGAGUGGGAAUCGAACUCGGGUGGCUGGGCGUGUCGUGCAGUGCUCUAGCCACUACACUACCGCUCCCCCACACCCUGUACACGCACACAGACACGGUUCCUAUUCCGAUUUUAAUUGGUCCAAUUACGUGGGACACGUUAUUUUUUUUAUCCAAUCGGUGCCCUCUGUAGGCCACACGUGACGGGUUCACCAAUCAUCGGGCAAGUUUAGCGCGUAUUACGAUUGAAGUUUACACUCGAACCGGGGCAGGUUGGUAAACGUGACGAGGUGGACGCGAGGAGGUCACGAGAACUGGGAUUUUGGCAAACGCUGGUGUCGGGCAUCUUAUUGACACAAAGUGCACCUAGCGUGGCACAAGCGCCGUGGUGACGUCAACGUGGUGAACUGCGGUUGUUGUUGUUAUUGGCCCACCUUACCCACGAUUCACCUUCUGCUUGCUUAUCUUCUCAUCCACUCGUUGUAUCCUCGCCUGUACUGUGAUGCAUUGCUGGUCUAUGAAUUCAUUGCAAUGCUUUUAACCUUUUCCUUGCCUGUCCCCCUGUCUCUUCCUCUCUGUCCCCCUCCUCUGUUUGUCUCCAUAUUGUGUCUCUUCUUUGUGUUUGUCUCUGUCUAUCCCUGUCUCUCUGUCUCUGCCCGUCUGCCUCUCUUUCUCUCUGUCAUUUUCUCUCUCUGCCUCCCUCCGUUCCUCCGUGCUCGUCUCGACCGUCCGUCCGUCCGCCUUCUCUUGCCCGUCCGUCUUGGCUCGCAGCGGAUGAUUACUAGAGGCAUCGCAUCCCCUGCCCUCCCUGUAUCUUCCGGGGGACGGGUCUCGGCCUAGCUGUACAUAAAACACUCGUCCACGAUUCACAUCGCAACGACGGCCCUCUCUCGCAUUUCCCCAUUUCUUUUUUUUCCUCCAUUGAUGUUGAUGUUGUUGUUUUUUUGAGUCGGCUAUCGGCGAUUAAAUGACCAUAACCUGCUUCCUGUGCUUGUGACGAGCGUGCGAGUUGCUAGAAAGCACCGCUAUUUUCCACCUCUUAGUUAAUUUGAACUUUGUGUGAUAUUUUUAAGUGAGUGAACAUUGACAGCGAUGAUGAUGAUGAUGACGAUGACGACGCAAGGCCCGGUUUGAUUUUGUUUUUUGUCCAUUCACUCCGAAUAUAGUUGCCGCCCGCGUCCGGGGUAGGAGCCAGCGGUAACAGGCUGGCAAUUGGCACCUGCAGCAAGCGAUUGAUGCCCUCUUACCGAGAUCUUGUAGCGGUGUUGUCGUGCUGAGCUUUACUGUGGUGUGCGUGCUGGGCGGACCUGCUUUUAUAGAUCGAGCGCUCACUGCGAAAUUGCGUUCGGGGUUUGGUCCGCAGCUGGGAAAAGUCGGCCAAAUGUGCACCGCUCACUCGCUCAUAUAUUCACCCACUCGUCCACCUCCCCACCCCCAACCCUCAUCGAGUGACUCGUUGCAAUUGCCAAAGUCACUCGGUACCUCGCCCACUCGCCCAUGCACUCGGGCGCUGCUUCUCAACCUUUACCGCAGCCUUUGCACCCCUUUUAGGGUUCUAAAUCGUAAAAAAAAAGUGUACAAUUACAUAGGGUUUUGAUGAAACAAAAGCAGUUGUCACUUACGUUGCCCGUGCUUAAUUUGCGUUUUCGAUUAUUUACCUUCGAUAAAAAAAAUCAAUCUGGCCACGUCUCGCUACCCCCAGCAAGGGCAUCUCUCGCACCACCAGGGGUUGCGUGCUCGCCUCAGGUUAAGAAUAAGCACUGCGCUAGGGAUUGCCACCUGCACCAGAUUUGACCCGGACGUUCCGUGAUUUGGCAUCUAUGGACCCGCAUCAUCGCGUUGAGCUUUAGUGCAGUGAGAACCGCACGCUCUCCGUAAUGGACUGAGAAAUCUGUAACCCUCAGCCGGCUCCACACCUGGUCAAUCGUUAGAAUAUUUAUAUAUAUAUUCAUAUAUAUACCGGAGGAAUCCGAUGAGCUAUAAAACGAAUUUUCACAGAUGUCGGGGCAAGGGGUCAGAACCUUCCAACGACAACAAACAAUACAAAAGCUCGCAUCUCGCGGCUCUCUAAUCUCCAACCUGCCGCUUUGUCCACUCCCGAGCGACGUGCAACCUGACGGCGCUCGCCGGCGCGCGGCGACGAAACGCGCGGGUUGCGUGCGACGGGUUGCGUGCGAUGGGUUGCGUGCGACGGGUUGCGUGCGACGGGUUGCGUGCGACGGGUUGCGUGCGGGGGCGGUUUCCAAAUGUCCAGAUUUUGUUACAGGGCACCCCUGCUACAUUAUAAUAAAUAAAAAACUGCGAUUUCUUUUUUUUUCCGGUAAAUAUAAAUAAAAUACCUAUUUCCCCGGGUUCUCAAAAGGUGGGGGGCGGGGGGGGUCAUCGCCCCCCGCCCCCCACUUCCCUCCACCCCUCUGUGUAUCCGCAUCUGCGUCAGCCUCUCACGUGACUGUCAACAUUCGAUGUCGUGGUUCGUAGUCGUCGCAGCGUCGCGCUCCUGCACCUCCUGCACGGUAUCCAUGCCGCAGCCUGCACCCCCCCUUACCCCCAGCCCCCGUGAAAGGCUUUAACUGGGGACGUGCCCCGGCUUGAAGGCAUCCAGUCUAGAACGCGUCUGCUCAAUCAAGACGGCUGGACGUCUUCGGCAUCGAAACAAAAGUACGCGCGCGACGUUCAGAAGCCAAAACAAAUUAAAUAAACGCAAUUUAAUCUCGAUUUGAAGCUUUCGCGACUGCGGUAAGCCACACAUGAAAUAACGGCGUGAUUUGUUUUAUUUUAUUUUAUUUCUACCGACGUUACUUUACCGAAAGAACCGAAGAGUAUGAACGCGAUUUCUCCGCGUCGGGGGUCGUGCUGUCGCCGGCGCGUCGUGCUUCGCCCGUGCCGUUCAGUGGCCGAUCCGACCGCCACCUCUCGUCCCCUCCGUCGCCUCUCCGUCGGUCGCGCACGUGAGUCCGUGCGCGUGCGUCCGUGCGCGCGCGUGCGUGCGCGUGAGUCCGUGCGCGUGCGUGCGCGUGCGUCCGUGCGCGCGCGUGCGUGCGCGUGAGUCCGUGCGCGUGCGUGCGCGUGAGUCCGUGCGCGUGCGGCAGUGCGCGUGCGUGCGCGUGCCACGGCCUCCACCUCCGGGGUCCGCCCUCAAGUCUGGCUUUGCUUCGCGACGUUCCUGCUGCGAAAGAUCGAGGGGCGCCGUGGAGCGCUCCCGUUCGGAAGACCCGCGGAAGAUGACGCCAAAGAACUACUUCUGAAUCCCUUCCAAGUGACCUGGGUGGGGGGGGGGGGCUCCGAACUCCCGCACACCCACAGCCGGCUACGGAGACAUAUAUUUCGAGUGGCAAUCAAAGGCCACCCCCUCCCCCCCCAUUCUGCCCACACUCAAAAACAAAAAUUAUCAGAAAUUAAAGGUGGCGGGUUUUUGUUGUUUGGUCGUGCGCGGUCGCUGGCGACGAGGCCUCUGCAAGCGUCGGCUCUCGUUCCAUGCGAGUGGGGUUCGACGACGAUGAUGAUGAUAACGACGAUGACGAUGAUGAUGACGACAAUGAUGAUGACGACAAUGAUGAUGACGACGAUGAUGAUGAUGAUAAUGAUGAUAACGACGAUGACGACGAUGAUGACGACGACGAUGACGACGACGACGAUGACGCCGGUGGUUUUGUUUUUGUUGUGUCCGUUGGGUUUCUCUCUCCUACAAACUCCGAUCGUUCUGCAGCCGACUGUGUGGAUUGACGCGAGCCGUGUCGCACGUGCGCAACGAAAUAAAAGUUUAUAAGAAACGGA